UAAAUAUACAUCUUCUAUUCUGUAGAAUUUGAACACGUGGAAUCUACUAAUUUCAAGCUAAAAUCAACGUUAAUGGCAGAGGCAAAUGCGAGACCAAAAGUUAAUUUGGACCUUUUCCCUAAAAGAGUGAGCUGUCACAAUUCUAAGCAUUCCAUCGCAAGCCUAAUGCCAUACAUAAAGAUAGCUCAUCACAAUUACCUAUUAUCAGCAACAGGUUGAAAACUUGGUGAGCUAAUGGAAACAGAUAAUAAUGUUGAAACAGCCAGUGAACUCUUCAAAGCACAGGCUCAUAUUUACAAACAUGCAUUCGGUUAUGCAAAUUCCAUGGCACUGAAGUGUGCCAUUCAGUUAGGUGUACCAUAUAUUAUACAUAAUCACAAAAAACCAAUUACUCUUCCUGAGCUAGUUUCAGCACUCAAACUCCCCUCAUCGAAAUUAAUUGCCUUUCAUCGACUAAUGCGCCUGCUGGUGCACUCUCAAUUCUUUGCUACAAAUGAAUUAGGAUAUGUUUUGACAACUUCUUCAAGGCUGCUUCUGAAGAGUGGAAUCCCAAACUUGUCACCUUGCAUUCGAGUAAUGGUUGAUCCGCUCGUUAUCACUCCUUGGCAAUUAUUGGGAGAAUGGUUUCACAGUAACAAUGAAAAAGCCACAGCAUUUGAGACAGCACAUGGGGUGUCUAUGUGGGAGUUUUGUGCACAAAAUCCAAGAUUCGACAGAAUUUUCAAUGAAGGAAUGGCUAGCGAAUCCCAAAUGAUGAGAUUAGCUGUGAAGGACUGCAGGGAAGUUUUUGAGGGAUUGAAAUCAUUGGUUGAUGUUGGAGGGGGCACUGGGAUUAUAGCUAAGACAAUCUUGGAGGCAUUUCCUCAUUUGAAAUGCACUGUCCUUGAUCUUCCACAUGUUAUUGCUAACAUGCCACAAAGUGAGAAUUUAAGCUAUGUAGGAGGGGAUAUGUUUCAGUCUAUUCCCACUGCUGAUGCCAUUUUGUUUAAGCACGUUAUGCACGAUUGGAGUGAUGAGGAUUGUGUGAAGAUGCUAAAGAGAAGCCGAGAAGCUAUCAAGGAUAGAGACAAUGGAAGGAAAGGGAAGGUCCUUAUCAUUGACAUGGUAUUGGAUAGAAAUGAAGAAGAGCUAGAGAUGACUGAAGUGAAGCUCAUUUUUGAUGUAAUGAUGAUGGUGCUUCUGACUGGGAGGGAAAGAACCGAGAAAGAAUGGGAAAAACUAUUCCUUGAGGCUGGCUUCAUGAGAUACAAGAUUACUCCUGUCUUUGGCAUAAGGUCCCUCAUUGAAGUUUUCCCCUAA